UGCAAGGAAAAUUAUGGCCGGCGCAAUUGCUUGUUUAGAUGGUACUUCGGAGCCCCACGAAAUCCAUUUCACGCUCAUAGGACUCGUGGGCUCUACCGAGUUUCAGCUAUGCCUUGCCAUCAUCGAAUACCUACACAAAAGGCUACCACAUCGCUUCCGAGCCCCGUUUAUCCGACCCAUGCUAGAAUUUGAUUGGGCAGAAUACAUUACCAAGGCGCAGCGCAUGUACGGCGAGAAACUAUGGACCACCGACAAUCCCUUCAUCAUGUUCGCAAAUCAAACUCAGAUUGCAUCGGCUGCCGAGCUGCAGGAGUACAUCUCGCAGUGGUUUGUUGUCAAAAUGGACAAGGACUUCGAGUGUUUGGCGCUGCAUGGUGUCGCGGAGAUGUAUGAGAAGUACCAGGAGCUAGGGAGGAAAUUUGUCUUCUUUUCUCUUGCUGUCAACGGAAAAUACGUCGGGAGUCUAAUCAUCAUGUUGUACCAUGAUAUACUCCCGGAAACCUGCAAAAUGUUUUUGAAAAGAUGCCAAAGCCGAUCAUGUGGAUACUGUGGAACCAGAGUACAUCGUAUCAUGAACAGGGGAUGGAUACAAUUCGCAGACUUUCUGCUCCCGAUUGAUUCAAUGGCUAAUGAAAAUUACGUUGUACCCCACAAUCGUCGUGGUGUGCUUUCAAUGUGCAGUAACCGACCGCAUGUGGCAAAUAAGACACAAUUCUUUAUCACACUGGAUUCUACCCCCUGGAUGGACUAUAGAUAUGUCGCCCUUGGUCAGGUGAUGCAGGGUGAGUACGUCCUACGCCACUUGGAGAACUUACCCACCACAUACGACUAUCCCUCGGAUAUAAUCCGCAUUAUAAACUGCGGGGAGUUUAAUAUGGAAGACACCGCCAUGGCGAAACACCUCCCAAGGAUCCAGAAAUACAUCGAGGAUCGUGGUGCGACUGCCAGUGCGGAUGUCGUUGACGUUCGAGACGCACCUUCUGUUUUACUACAAGAAAACUACCGCAGUCUUAGAUACGCGUAUUUCGAUGACUAUUGCAGUCAUUUUCCGCUUAACAAUGUAGAUUCGACUGUGGUAUCCGAACCGUCGCAAGUAGCUUUCACGCCAAGCGUUUCCGGCGAGGAUGGUAAUGAGGAAACACCAUUCUGGAUCAGCAAUUGUAGUAGAUAUAUCUACGAGAGGAUCCAGCCAGUGGUCUCACCAAAAGACUCCUCACAUUUGCGUGCAAGUCAGACCGGUUCGAAUGUAAUGGAGAGUUCCUAUGAUAUUAAGAAAUAUGUCUCGAUGGAUUUGAAAGCUUUAAAGGGAAUUUCGCGGAGUGUUUCGCUGCUGCCUGAAGGUGGGUCUAGUGUGAAGCUUACAAAGCAGCCGUCAAUCCGCAUACCGAAGAAGUCGUACGGCGCGAGUAAAGUGUCCUUUGCUGCGUCGUUAGCCGAGUCGAUUCCGAAUGAAUACUCUGAUGAUAAAGGAAAAACGCCGAAGCGGCGCUCCAAGAAACAACCUUCUUUUGUGUCUAUAGGGUCGCAAGUUGAGUGAAUACUGAAAUAUUGAAUCAGAAAGCAAAAAGUUAAUUAUGCGCAUUUUAGACGCCGUGCCCUUUCACUAAAUUACAAAAAUAAACAAUUGAGAUAUCCUUCUA